GGAGCAUAAGGCGCUUUCGUCGUGUUUCUGGAAGUGUUUCAAGUGCGCAAACGUCAUCAAAUUCAACAACAGAUCCUGCAACUAUCAGCCAAUCAACUUCUAAUUCACAAUCACCAACACUUCCAUCCUUUCCUCGCCUCUACAAUAUAGCAUCUAUUGCCCGUGAAUUAAAAGAGAUAAAUCUUUCACAGAAGACUGCUGAUUUGACGGCUGCUGUAACGGAAAUGGGUGUUGAAUUAGGUAAAAAAGGUGUAGAACUUGGCAGUUUGGCCAGAGAUGCUGUUGUUGAUCGAUGGAAAAAACGAAAAGAAGAUCCUUCAGCGAAUAAUGGUCUUCUUAAUGCUAAAAGAUUUAUAACCAGGGAAAACAUUUUUGGUGCACCACUUAAAACAGCCGUCACUUUGACACGUGUUGAAAAGGAUAUGAAACAAAUUUACAAAGACCCAUCUAGAUAUUGGGUACCAGCAGUAGUUCUAAGAUGCAUAGAAUUUUUGGAUGUUCAUG